CUCACACAAGCUUCAAACUGCUUGCACAGUGCACACAGCUAUAUACACACACACAUCUAAGAAUACACACGCCACACGUUUGCCAAUUUCGUGACUGUGAGAAAAUAGAACGACAUUGCGCGCGGUUCUUUAUACAAUAUUAUAAUAUAUAUAUUAUAAACCUUUAUAAAUAUGUAUAUAAUAUCCGUUUAACGCGUAUAUGUACUUUUCGUGUGAACAGCUGCUUUCGAAAUAAUGCGGAAAAGUUGUUUUGGUUUUUAUUUUGCGCGCAGUUUGUUAUUGAGAUUCGCCCGGUAAACCCCAAUAAACAUCUCAAGAUACAGAAACCCUCAAUAUAUAAAUAUAUCAACGUUUUUAACCCCAUCGUCGCCGUUAUACUCAAGGUCACAUUGCAGUUCUUCUUUUUUACAAAUUUGUGUUUGUAAGCUACCGUAGAAUGGAAUCGUUUAAAAAGUCAGAGAACCAAGAAGUAGCACUGCCAGGAGAAGUGUUAGAAAUAUUGGAUUCCCAGUUCAACAAAGUUAAGACAUUGCACACAACUGAUUUAGAAAUACUAGCAGCUGAAUUGGGCGUCAGAGAUAUCGACGUCAAGGUUUGGUAUACCAACCGAAUGGCGGCUUGGAGAAGGAGUCAAGGACUCUCAGAUUGUUUUGGUCAAUUAUAACAAAAAUAGCAAAAUAAUUAUUGUUUAAGACAAUGCUUACUAUACUUUAUUAGUUGUUAAAAGUGCAAAGUACUAUUAGGUACAUUUUUUUUGUUGUAUUUAUUUAGUUGUUAUUAACACUUUUGUUUGAUUACGUUUUUUUUUAUAGUUACCUUUAAAGUUUAUAGUUGACAUUUUGACUUUUGCACACCAAAAACUUAUUUUUUUAAAUAAAAUAAUUUUAAAUUGUAUUUAAAAAUAUAUAAUAUUAUAAAUAAAUACCUUUAAGAAAUCUAGUAUAAUUAUUGUUGUUUACACUGUGUUACUAUAAUUACAUAUUAUACAAAGUUGUCUUAUAAUUUUUUACCAACAAUCGUUGUCAACGGAUUCAGUUUCAAGCAAUUUUACACGAUUUUUUGAGAUCCAUUAAAUCUAUUUAUUAGACUAGAAGUUAGUUUAGUAAAAAAUAAUUUACGUUGAAUUGAUAUGUUUAAAAUCUUAAAAUACUAAACACCCUAAUUAGAGGUCAAAUUUCUAGUGUAAUAAAAAAUGGUUGAUGAAUA